AUGGCAUACGCUCUUACAAAGGCCGACAUACCAGCUCCAAAGGUGAGAGUCGCAGACGAAAUCGAGGUUUCCAAACCAGCGAAGAAAAACACCGAAGCCUCUAUUCGCUUCGCUGGGCUUCCUCAGGACCGUAGACCCGAACCCACAAAUCACAAGGAGGAUGUUUCCGACGACGAAGAGGAGAUAUCAAAAGAUGCAGAGUUCAUCCUCCCGGAACCGAUCAAACCUCUCCCGUUCCUUCACCGCGAUUGUCUGCCCCUGCCUCGCGCGUCGUUGGUACCAUCCUACAUCUUGGCGGGAACAAAUCAUUUCUCUCGGAACGAGCUCGAAGACUCGGCCCUUAGCCCCGGGACGACGAAUGUCUUCGUGUACGGACGUCUGAUGUUCCCAUCCGUGCUGCUUGCCAUUGCUGCCCAGUUCACGACCGCUGCUUACUUCCCUGGCCUCCAGCGCCGCGUCAAAUCUUCCUCGGACGAUUGGAGGGAGGCGAAUCUUUCCAUUCAGAGAGCCAGCGAAACCAUGACACUGGCAAGACUACGAGGAUAUGACCGGUGGCAGCCAAGAGGUCUACAGUGUGCCGUCCUCCAGAAGUCCAAAUGUACAAAGGAGAUAUUGAGCAAGCCUCGACUCGAGAACAUGGCACAACUCCAUCGACCUGGUGAGGUUAGCCUCCUGGAUCACGGGUGGAACCCUGACGCGCCCUGCCGCUACUACGGCAACGUUCUACAAGCACUCGGGAAUGUCUUCGUGCCGCACCCAAUCCACGGCGAUCCCCUCUACCAAUCGAACGGCCAGUCGGACUACGCCAUGGCGGAGAUGCUUCUGGAGCAUGCUGCCUGGCUCACCGAGGACUGGGGCGAAAUCUGCGACCUGGCCAACGAGAAACAACGACAGCGAGAUACGGAGUCUGCUGCGACAUCUCUUUCAUACUCGAAGAUCGUGGCCGCCGGCUUACAGAAGGGCAUCGCAGUCCACCCAGCUUCUGGUAGUUGGAAAGGACUCAAGGGCGUCGCCGUGACAGUUGCGGCACUCAACGCGGGAGCGCCUAUUGGCAUUCUCCCCUUGAUGAGGUCGGUAGUUGGUCCAGUCAGGGCAUUGAUAGACGAGUUGCGCCGAAUCGAUGAGGACCAGGAACGCGAUCGUCAGCUGGAUAUUGAUAUCGGAAAGUUAAAAAUUGAUGUCGACGCGGCGGAGAACUCUCACGAAACAUCUGGUAAGCCGACAGGUUCGAGAUCUAGGUCCAGAAUCACUUAUCGAUGA